AUGGCAAGCGGGCGCUAUGGGUCCUCGAGGUUCAGCAAUGCGCCCUCGGAAGCAUCAAUAGGCACGACAAACGAAAAGACGACGGCGUCCCAUGUCCCGAUCGCUGCGACAACGACGGUGCAGCAGUAUCCGUACAUGUGGGACACGAAGGACCCCGACCUAGACGACCCACUCCACAACCCUGACCCCGUCCGGGAUGCUGCGCUCGACCGAAGCUGUGCGCCAUUCUCGUCAAGGGGAUGGAUCAAUGCGUCUGCGCUGGUGCUCAUCGUCGCCGGAAUCAUCGUGCUCUUCGCGGGAUACCCUAUUAUCGACCACUACAUCCAUGUGCAGCCGCAGGUCUCGGGCUUCAACCUCGGCGGUAUCAACGCAACCGGGCAGGUGCCUCAGCUGACGAACUUCCCUUCUCUCAUUGAUGCCGACACGGACCAGUCGGCGUACUCGCGGACGGGUAACGAUGGCAAGGCGUACAAGCUCGUGUUCAGCGACGAGUUCGAGCAGGACGGCCGGACGUUCUAUCCCGGCGACGACCCAUUCUGGGAAGCUGUCGACUUCCACUACUGGCCGACUGGUGACAUUGAAUGGUAUGACCCGAAGCAGAUCACCACGGAGAACGGGAAGCUGGUGAUCACCCUGGAGGAAGCGGAGAACCACGACCUCAACUUCCGCAGCGGCAUGCUUCAAACUUGGAACAAGUUCUGCUUCACGACCGGUUACAUCGAGGUGAAGGUCAGCCUCCCCGGCAGUCCUCAGGCGCCGGGUCUGUGGCCAGCGGUGUGGACCAUGGGUAACCUCGGUCGCGCAGGUUACGGCGCUACCACGGAGGGGACAUGGCCGUACAGCUACGAUGCUUGCGAUGUCGGCACGUACCCGAACCAGACCAACAAGGACAAUCAGCCCGAGGCGGCCAUGGUCGGUGGUCCCGGCGGAACUCCGAUCAGCUUCAUGCCCGGCCAGCGGUUGUCCUCUUGCACAUGCCCAGACUCCGACCACCCCGGUCCCAGCGUCGAUGUCGGCCGCGGCACGCCGGAAAUCGAUGUCUUCGAAGCGCAGGUCGACGUCAGCCGCUUCCAGGGCGAGGUCUCGCAGUCGUUCCAGACGGCACCGUACAACUACCAGUACGAGUUCGUGAACACUUCCGACGUCACGCCGAUUGUCGACUCCACGAAGACCAAGUUCAACUCUUACAAGGGCGCGCAGUACCAGCAAGCCGUCUCUGCUGUCACGGACAUCGACAACGCGAACUAUAACGAUGCGGGUUACGCCACCUACGGCUACGAGUGGUGGUCAGAUCCCAAUAACCGUGAUGACGGUUUCGUCACUUGGUACUCGGAGGGGACACCCGCCUGGACGAUGACUGCGGCGACGAUUGGUCCUGAUACGACUACGGAAAUCAGCCAACGACUGGUCCCGGAGGAGCCUAUGUACAUUAUCAUGAACUUGGGCAUGUCUCCCGGAUUCCAGCACCAAGAUUUCAAGCACUUGACGUUCCCGAGCAAGAUGUACGUCGACUACGUGCGCGUAUACCAGCGAGAGGACGCCGGCGACGAGAAGUUGACGUGUGACCCGUCGAGUCAUCCGACAGCGGAGUACAUCACGAAUCAUCUAAACGCGUACUCGAACCCCAAUCUUACGACGUGGGACCAAGCAGGGUACACGUUCCCGCGCAACUCCAAGUACGACGGGUGCUGA